AUGACGGAGCGCGCCCGUGUGGUGGCUCGAGUGUGCCAGGACACGCCUUCCACCGAGGGGACGCCCGUGAGAGAGAAUUUCAUUUGGGACUUGAAGCACACCCCCAGCAUCGUCUGGUGCCCUACUUAUAAGGUCGCCUCCACCACCUGGAUGCGCAACUUCCUCCGCCUCGGCCGCUUCAACGAGCACAACCCGCGCAUUCCGAGGAACCUUUCGGCGGAGGAGACGGAGAAGAAGAGGCUCAUGCCGAAGUACGGAGCGACGCACAGCGCGGCCUUCGCGAUGUACGGGCGCCCCCCGACGGAGAGCGAGAGGGCCCGGGCGCUGCGAGACAGCGUCAGGCUGAUCAUUGUGAGACAUCCAUUCACCAGACUCCUCUCCGCUUACCGCGACAAGAUGGCCAAGCGCGACCCCCGCCCCAGGAAAUUCAAGUUCGAGGACCUCCAGGCAUACAUCGUGACCAGAUACCGAAGUAGCCGCAGCGCUGACGCUUCUCCCUUCCCGAGUUUUCCGGAAUUCGCCCAGUUCGUAAUCGACUCCACGGGGAAUUUCUCCAGCGCCGCCCAAUGGAAGGAACACGUCAGGUGCUGGGUUCCUUACUGGGCGCACUGCGGCGUCUGUGACUACGACUACAACAUCAUCAUGAAACUGGAAACCAUGGAGGACGACCAGCAGUUCCUCAUCGCGCUCUCGCAACUCAACGAGCUCAGAACUGAGACCAGCUGGGCCCAUCUGAACGGCGUGUCUUCGUCUCAGCUGGCAAUGCAGUAUUAUAAGAACCUAACACGCCAUCAGAUGCUGCAACUUUACAAACGCUAUGAACUCGACUUCAAGCUUUUCCAGUACCAUAUACAUGAUUACCUGUCUGUUGCAAAGGAUGCUUGA